CGAAGCGGAGGAGGAAAAGGAGGAGGAGGAAGUCAUGUGAUGCAGGAAGAGUACGCAAAUGAUAUGGAAUGUGAGCAGCUGCCAGCAGAGACGCUGCGACAAGUGACCAUUCACCGAGACCCUCUAUAUGGCUUUGGCUUCGUGGCCGGCAGUGAAAGGCCUGUGGUGGUUCGAUCUGUGAGGCCAGGAGGCCCCUCUGAGGACAAGCUCCUGGCUGGUGACCAGAUUGUGGCUAUUAAUGAGGAGGACGUGAGUGAAGCCUCCAGGGAGAGGUUCAUAGAACUCAUCAGGCAUGCUAAGGAAUCCAUCGUUCUUACAGUUCUGCACACUCAUCAGUCUCCUAAAUCUGCCUUCAUCAGUGCUGCAAAGAAGGCCAAACUGAAGUCCAACCCUGUGAAGGUCCGAUUUUCUGAGCAGGUGGCAGUUGGAGAAACAAAUGCAAAAAUGAUGAAGAAGGAAGCUCUUCUCCUCAUCCCCAAUGUCCUGAAGGUUUUCCUAGAAAAUGGGCAGAUCAAGUCAUUCACAUUUGAUGGUCGGACCACUGUUAAGGAUGUGAUGGUGACUUUACAGGACCGUCUCUCCCUGAGAUACAUUGAGCACUUUGCUCUUGUCCUUGAGUAUGCUGGGCCAGAACAGAGUCACAGGUUCCUGCUUCUCCAGGACAAGCAGCCCCUAGCUUAUGUGGUCCAGAGGACACAUUAUCAUGGAAUGAAAUGCCUCUUCCGAAUAAGCUUCUUUCCCAAAGAUCCUGUGGAGCUGCUGCGUCGGGAUCCUGCUGCUUUCGAGUACCUAUACAUCCAGAGUCGGAAUGAUGUUAUCCGAGAACGCUUUGGAAUGGACCCCAAGCCUGAAAUGCUUUUGGGGCUUGCUGCCCUCCACAUCUAUAUCACUGUCUCAGCCACUCGGCCUAGUCAGAAGAUCUCACUCAAGAAUGUGGAGAAGGAGUGGGGCCUGGAACCCUUUCUUCCCCCCUCCCUUCUACAGGGCAUCAAAGAGAAGAACCUUCGGAAGUCUCUUUCUCAACAACUGAAGGCUCACCAAACACAUCCUUCUAGUGGCACCAAGGGCUCUGCAAUUCAGGCAAAGCUCCAAUACCUUCGAAUUCUGAAUGAACUUCCGACCUUCACCGGUGUUUUGUUCAACACUGUGGGCCUGGAUGAGAAGCAGUCAGCUACCACUCUCCUGGUAGGACCCCGUCACGGCAUCAGCCAUGUUAUUGACCUCAAAACCAACCUUACCACUGUGCUGUCCGAGUUCAGCAAGAUCAGCAAGAUCCAGCUGUUCCGGGAGAACCAGGGUGUGGCCCGAGUGGAGACCAGCAUCAUGGAUGCCAAGCCUCUGGUGCUGUUGAUGGAGUGGCCUGAAGCCACCAACUUUGCCUGCCUGAUUGCGGGGUACUGCCGCCUCCUGCUGGAUUCCAGGAAGAUGGUCUUCUCCAGGCCUGCCAGCCAGCCUCUUCCACCUCCAAUGAUCAAGGCAGAUUACAUGCACAGCGCCCACCGCCCUGUCACUGGGGGCCACCUGGGGAAAAAGGAGAGUAGUUAUGUGGGCAGCAUGGGCACCAGCCCUAGGAAGUCGAGCCACUGCACGCCCCCGCCUACCGACUCUGAGCUUGUCAGCUUCUGCUACCUCCACAUGCGGGAACAAAGGAAAGAGCAAGAAAGCCGGACGGAUGUCAAUGAGAACCUAAUCUUCUUUGAGGAGACCAGGCCCAGGACCAAAUCUGACCCCACAUCCAAAAGCUCUGGACAAGGUUAUGAGGUGGUACCCGAUGAUUUUGAUGCAGUCAGCCUAGAUCACGAGCCUUGUGCCAGCAGGGCCCGGUCCUAUACCUUGGACAAUUCCCUCGGGGCUGAGGCUCUGAAUUUCUACUGUGACUCUUGCAAAUCUAAACUCCAGGAGCAUCUGGGGCCUCGCAAAGGUGGGAGGUCUGGCUCUUCUCGGGACAAUAUGGUAGACUUGAUGUCCCUCCCACCCCCAGGGAGUGAGGAGGAGGAGGAAGAGGAAGAUGAGACAACUUCUCUUUUACCUGCCAUUGCCGCCCCACCCCCUGGUUUCCGAGACAACAGUUCUGAUGAGGAUGAUCCCAAACGCCGGGCUGUCCAAAGUCAGGAACAAGGACGCCACCUCCGUGGGCUCCUGUAUGAUGAGAUUCCAGUGACACUGAUUGACAGUGUACAGACCCGAACAGUCCGAGAUCAUGCCCAGGAGCUAGAUGAUGCUCUGGUAUCUACUCUACAGGCUCUGGAAGCUCUGGCUGCUUCAGAGGAUGGACCCCAUCCCCCACCCCCACAGACUGCAGGUCUGAUUGUGCUGGCCACAAUCACUCCUGAAUCAUCACUGGACUCAGGCCAUGAAACCAACUCCUCCGAGCUCACAGACAUGUCCGAGAUGAUGUCGGCCAUGAAGCAACACCAGAACACCACCUACUUGCUGGCCCAGCACCUCAAUAAGGACAGCCUCCUUGCCCGAAAGGAUCUGCCCUUCCGGAUCCAGAGCUGUUCAGCUCAGGCUGUUCUCACAGCUCCUUAUUCUCUAGGGCGCCCAGAUCCUAACUCGUCCCUCCAGCCAGCGGUCACUGGCCAGAGUCCUGGUCCCCCUGGCGCUCGACGAAAGCUGCCACAGUCAGAAGUCCAGGUGCAGGGAGAGAGAACAUACUCCCUAGCAGUACACCCAGCACUGUCCCCACAGCUUAGUGAACAGAAGAAGAAUCUGAGCCUGCUGCCCCCAGUUCCUGAAGACAAAGGGCCUGGCCAUACUAGAGCAGGCCUGGAGAUGUCACUGAGGGCAGCCACACCAUCCCUCAGUGAAGAGCAUGUCUCAGAGUUAAGGGAGAACCUGCCCAAGGAAGUCCGGUUGAGUCCUAAACUUAUCCUGGACGCAAAAGGCAGUGUAACCCCAGCCAUCAUCUCUGCUGCUCUACAGCAGGUGGUACACAGUAAGAGUCUAGCCACUUCUGCUGGGGCCUUAGCAAAUACCCCCAACAGGGGGGAGAGAAGACUGGAGGCUGGUGUGGGAAGGCCUGAGGCCAACAUAGGCAGGUCAGAAGUUAGUCUGAUGACCAGCAGCGCCAACAAAAAUCUAAAGUUUAAAAUGAGCCCAGGUGGUUCAGAGACCUCAAGGAAUUCUCAGCAACAGCUGGGUCCAGAGGUCUCUGCCAGCUCCAGGGCACUCACAGGCAGCCGCGCUGACAGCCUCCACCUUUCCACACAAGAGGACAGGCUUUCUGCUCAAAGUUUCUCUUCCAAGAGCUAUAUUUCAAGAGCAAGCCGAGAGUCAGUGAACAAGCCAGUUACCGGGGAGGUAACAGGCAAGGGUGGGUCAGAGGGUGCUAAGCCUCCCCCCAGUAAGCAGGGCAUGGUCUCUGGCCAGGGGGAAAAAGGGCAGCUGGAGAACACAUCCAAAAUCAGCAAGCUUGAGGAGACCAGUUUGGUCCCCAGAACUGGCUAUCCCAUGGCUCUACAGAGCCCCAGCUGCCAAUCUCGAAGCCACAGCCCCAGCUGCCAGCCCCAUGGCCAUAGUCCCAGCAGCCAGUCCCGAGGCCAGAGCCCCAGCUGCCAACCUCGAGGCCAGAGCCCAGUGAGGCCCCCAGCCUCCAGUCGGCAGGUGAGCACCAUGCCCUCCAGGAAGCUUGAAACGACCCUGGAUGGAGCCCACUUGACCUCUGAAGGCCCUACAAAGCCUAAAUCAACUCGAGGUCCUUUCCGCCUACGUAAUUUAUUCUCUGCCACCUUUCCCACCCGCCAAAAAAAGGAGACAGAUGAGCGACAGGCCCAGUUGCAGAAGGUAAAGCAGUAUGAGCUGGAGUUCCUUGAGGAACUUCUGAAGCCACCAAGCCAGGGGGAGCUUCCAGGCACUGAAUACCUGCAACCCCCAGCGCCUGGCCGCUGCAGCUGCCAGCUACGCAGCAGCCCAGUGCAACAGGGACCAGGCAUGUCCCGUGAGCAGAGACGCAGCUGUGACUGCAAGCGUAUCUGCAGAGGAGGCCGGCCUCAGGCUGCCCAGACACCUGUGCCUGGCCUCCGGGGUAGGGAGAGGGACAGGGUUCCCCCUACCCAGCGGCAGCCAGAGGCUGGCCCAGGCUUGAGCCUCAGCAGCCCCAUUAAUGUCCGUCGAAUCCGUUCCACCAGCCUGGAGUCCCGAGAGUGCCGGUCUGACCCUGAGAAUGGUGUUUCGUGCUUGACCACGUGUGCCUCAGGGGGUGAGUGUCUAGGAGCUCCCAAUUAUAGGAAACUGAUGCGCCGCUACAGUAUCAGUGAGCUAGACCAGGGUGACAGGGCCUCAUUGACCUCGGAUGUCUACCCACAUCCACCCCUGGGCAUAUUACCCAGGGAAGCCAAGGAGGUAGAGGCAGGCCUCCCCCUAGGCUUGGGUCCCAAAGGCAAGUCUGCAGAGUCACCAACACUGGGAGACCCCUCUUAUGUCCAGGUGACCCCUGAGACUAAAGGUCCCAGACAGAUGGCUGUGUUCUCACUGCCAGAGGAGGUGUACCGCAAGCCAGCCGAUCUAGAUGAGGACAGUGAAAGCAGUAAAUGCUGUUCCAUCCGCUACUGCUUCUAUUAUCGCAAGUGUGAUAUGGCCGAUGAUGCCAGUGAUGGUAAGGAUGAGCUCUCCUACUCUAUCCCUAUGAAGAUUCUGCCUGGCAUGAAGCUGGAUGAACAGGUGGUACCUGUGGUGAGCAGAACCCUGCAGGUGCUGGAUGCUGCUACAUGUAGCAGCAGUCCUGAGGCCUCCCGUACGCAAGAGAUCGACCUUCGGGUAUCCACCUUUGAGGGGAGCCUGGCCAAGAUCAAUGCCCUGCGGGCCCAUGCCUAUGGCCUCCCUGAUGGCUUCCUGGCUGCUCGGCUAGACACCAAUGAGCUGCUUACAGUCUUGCGGCAGUGUGUGGCCAGCCCUGAGGCCCGUGCCCCCAAGCCCUAUGUCUCUCAGAUCUCUGAGUACAAACUUGAGCUAGCUCUCAAGUUCAAGGAGCUCAGGGCCUCCUGUCGACGCGUAGCCAACGUGGACAAGAGCCCAACUCACAUGCUGGCAGCCAUCACAGGCAGCUUCCAGGUGCUGAGCAGCCUCAUUGAGACUUUUGUGCGGCUGGUGUUCAUUGUGCGCUCUGAGGCCCAGCGCCAAGAACUUCUGGCUAAGGUAGAAGAGGUGGUGAGGAAUUAUACCUUCCUGCUGCGUGCAGCUGAGGAGUCCACAGCCCGGAAUCUAAACCAGCAGCAGCAGCAACAGCAACAGCAGCAGCAACAGCAGCAGGCAGCAGCUACAGGGCAUCCGCCAGGCUCCCCAACAUCAGCGACUGUUAUGAGCACAUUCACCCACUCCUUAAAAACCCUUAUUAAGUAGGGCACUUGCCUAGGACUGUCCCUUCCCCAUUCAUGGUCCCAAGUCUGAGCUUUGUGGUCCUUGCAUCUCAUGGUGAGUGUGUGUCUGCUGGGCCAGUCAUGGUCCAAGAGCCCAUCAGUCUCCAAGGAGUUAAUACUCAUUGGACUGAGGCUCUCUCUUAAGGGCUGCAAGCUUAGCUGCCGCCCUGGGUUUCCUCACUCCUUACUGGCCUCUGGGCAUCACUGUGAGGGCAAAGGGCCCUCGCCACUACGCCCAACCACAGAGUGUAUGUUAUCUCCUCUCUGGGGCACACAGGUGACAUCAGGUUCACCUCUUGCUCUGAGUUGAGAACUGGGGGGAGCCAGGGCCUCAAGCUCCUCCUAGUAUGUGCUCCCCUACAGGGUGCAGUGGCAGUAGUAGUAGACAGCAGUGCUGAGCCAAGGAGAGAAUGCGCUCUUGCAGAUGCAUCCACCCACCAUGGGCCUACAUGCACCUGGCAGGAGCCAUACCUAGGACCUGUGCCCAGGUAGGAUAUGGGUAGAAAACAGCCAUACCCGGCUGACAGUGGCUGGCCCAAUAGGCUGGCAGCCUUGAGAGCCCUUGCCUCCAGGUCCAGUAGCUCCACACCAGCCAUCCCCAAAGGGCCCUGCUCACUGAUAGGCAGGGCAGCUCAGUCCACUAGGCAGCAAGCCUCUGGGAUCACCCCACUUGUUUUGGGUAAAGAACCUGGUGAAAAUGUCUGCCCUGGGGAGACCCAGUGCAGGCCUUUGAGCCCACCUGGCCUAGCCCAGUCCUGUGCAAGGGCUGUUGCCAGAGGUGUAUGGCUCAUCUCACAACAUCUCUACCAGACAGACUGUCCUUAGGAGUUUGACUUAGCUAUGGA